AAAUGUUCAUCCGGAAGUAUUACGAUGUUACACCGUUAAUGGAUUAGAGCUGCGGUGUCUGGGUCGCUCUUUUGUUUACAUCACUUUUCCAUUUAUUCUCAAACGCUCAGAGUCCAAUGGAUAUGCAGAACAACACGCAUGGAUAUGUGAUAGUAUUCAUGUGACCAGUGGAAGCAGAAGCAUUACUAGUCACUGCAUUAGGGCAAGUUAAGAGUGAGAACAUGUUCACCGCUACCCAAACGUCCAAAACCCAGUUCCUGGAUAAAGCCAGGAUAGCACGGGAGGAACGGAAAGGUUAUAAGGAGAAAGAGAGAGCUGCUACACAAAUCCAGGCUCUGGUCAGAAGAUUCCUCUGCCGUUGCAGGUUGCAAAGGGAAAUCAGGAAAGAGGUUGAUGAUUUCAUUGCAGUCAGUGAUGCAGGUUCAACAAAAAGAAAUGCAUUAUCCAUCUUCAAAAUUGCAAGAAAAUUGUUAUUUAUAUUGAGCAAGGAUGACAAGUUGAGAUUUGAGAAGUUGUGUAGAAUCAUACUAAGUAGCAUGGAUGUUGAGAAUGAACCUAAAGUAUGGUAUGUAUCUCUGGCCCUUUCAAAAGAUCUCACCAUCCCCUGGCUAAAACAGAUCAAAGAUGUUCUUUGGGUCUCCUGUGAAUUUCUGAAAAAACUGAAGCCUGACAUACUGCAAGAUAAUAAAUUGGUGACGCUGUACCUGACAAUGCUGAUAACAUUCACUGACACAUCAACGUGGAAAAUCAUCAGAGGAAAGGGGGAGGCCCUCAAGCCUGCUUUAAACAGGAUUUGUGAGAACAUCAUGGGACAUCUCAAUCAGAAGGGCUUCUACUCUGUUCUUCAGAUUCUACUUACAAAUGGAUUGGCAAGAUCCAGACCUUCCCUUUCCAAAGGAACCCUCACGGCCAUUUUUACGCUGUCACUCAGGCCAGUUGUCGCUGCACAUUUCUCAGACAACCUGCUGAGGUCUUUCCUCCUCCACAUCAUGUCUGUUCCAGCGUUCAUCUCGCACCUCAACACUCUCACUCCUGAUUGUAUGGUCACCAUCCAGACCCAUGACCUCUUUCGCAAGUUUGUCUUGUUUUUAAGCCGAGAAGAGCAGUGUUUGGAUAUCUGUGUGUGUCUGGAGGGAAGCCACACUCUGUGCUUACUGGGUAACCUCAUUCAGCUGGGAUACUUUAAUGUAAAAGUUUUAGAGCAGGAAGCGGGUCACUUUGUCAAGGAUCUGACAGAUAUGUUGUCAUACUGUCAGAGAUAUGUGUCUCAGAAGAAAUCCAAUCUCACACACUGGCACCCAGUGUUGGGCUGGUUCUCCCAGACUGUUGACUAUGGGCUUAAUGAGUCUAUGCCGUUGGUAACAAAGCAGUUACAGUGUUUGUGGGGAGUUCCAGUGAUCUGCACACUCUUCUGUGACGUUCUCAGCAAAAAGCUAGAAACUCAAGAUCCCACCCCACCACCCUCUCUUCAGCCAAGCUCAUUACAGAAUAACUUACCCGUCAAAAAUCUGUUCAAGAGAGCGUUCCAAAAGUCUGCGUCUGUGCGGAACAUCCUGAAACCGGUCGGGGGGAAGCGUGUGGAUUCAGCUGAGGUCCAGAAGGUGUGCAGUAUUUGUGUGUUGUAUCAGACGGCCCUCACCACGCUCACACAAAUCCGCCUGCAGAUUCUCACAGGACUGACGUACCUGGAUGAACUGCUGCCUAAGCUGUGGGCAUUUAUCUGUGAGCUUGGCCCUCAGGGGGGGCUACGACUCUUCAUGGAGUGUCUCAAUAAUGACACAGAAGAGUCCAAACAGCUCCUGGCCAUGCUGAUGCUCUUCUGUGAUUGUUCUAGACAUCUCAUCACAAUCCUGGAUGACAUAGAGGUGUAUGAGGAGCAGAUUUCUUUUAAAAUGGAAGAGCUUGUCACCAUCUCCUCGUUCCUCAACACAUUUGUGUUCAAGAUGAUCUGGGAUGGUAUUUUAGAGAAUACCAAAGGGGAGAAGCUGGACCUAUUCCACAGUGUUCACGGCUGGCUGAUGGUUCUGUAUGAGCGGGAUUGUCGCAGGAGAUUCACGCCUGAAGAUCACUGGCUCCGCAAAGACCUGAAGCCUAGCCUGUUGUUCCAGGAGCUGGAGAAAGGCAAAAAAAGGGCACAGCUGCUACUUCAGUACAUUCCUCAUGUCAUCCCACACAAAAAUAGGGUGCUGCUGUUCCGGAACAUUGUGACAAAAGAGAAAGAGAGUCUUGGAUUGGUGGAAACAAGCUCCGCCUCUCCACAUGUGACUCAUAUAACCAUUCGACGCUCACGCAUGUUGGAGGAUGGUUAUGAUCAGCUGCGGCGUCUACCUGUCAAUUCCAUUAAGGGGGUGAUCCGCGUGAAGUUUGUGAAUGAUUUAGGAGUGGAUGAGGCUGGAAUUGACCAGGAUGGUGUGUUUAAGGAGUUUUUAGAAGAGAUCAUCAAGAAGGUUUUCAACCCAGCGCUCAAUCUAUUUAAGACCACCAGUGGGAAUGAGAGAUUAUACCCCUCCCCAACCUCCAGCAUCCAUGAGAACCACCUUCAGCUGUAUGAAUUUGUUGGAAAGAUGCUGGGAAAGGCCAUGUAUGAAGGCAUCGUGGUGGAUGUGCCUUUUGCCUCUUUUUUCCUCAGUCAGGUUCUAGGUCACCAUCACAGCACCUUCUAUAGCUCCAUAGACGAGCUGCCCUCCCUCGACUCAGAGUUCUACAAAAACCUCACCUCUAUCAAGCGUUACGAUGGGGACGUCAGUGAUCUGGGCCUGACUUUAUCCUACGAUGAAGAGGUUAUGGGGCAGUUAGUCUGUCAUGAGCUAAUUCCUGGUGGAAAGACUAUGUCUGUCACUAAUGAAAACAAGAUCAGCUACAUCCACCUGAUGGCCCACUUCCGCAUGCACACCCAGAUCAAGGAGCAGACGGCAGCAUUCAUCAGGGGCUUCCGUAGCAUCAUCAACCCAGAGUGGCUGCACAUGUUCUCCACCCCUGAGGUCCAGAGGCUCAUCUCUGGAGACAACGCUGAGAUAGACCUGGAUGAUCUCAAGAAGCACACUGUGUACUAUGGAGGUUUCCAUAGCAGCCACAGAGUCAUUCUUUGGCUGUGGGACAUUCUCUCCAGUGACUUCUCCCCUGAGGAGAGAGCCAUGUUCCUGAAGUUUGUUACCAGCUGCUCAAGACCUCCUCUGCUCGGUUUUGCCUACCUCAAACCCCCUUUCUCAAUCCGCUGUGUGGAAGUAUCUGACGAUCAGGACACAGGUGACACUUUAGGAAGUGUUCUCCGUGGAUUUUUCACCAUCCGUAAGAAGGAGCCAGGCGGUCGCCUCCCUACAUCCUCCACUUGUUUCAACCUACUCAAGCUGCCCAACUACAGCAAGAAGAGCAUCCUCAGAGACAAACUCCGCUACGCAAUCAGCAUGAACACUGGCUUUGAGCUUUCAUAACCCAUGCUGGUUUAUUCUACAUGUACAAACACAAACAUCUACAAACAUGAACAUCAGCAAGACUGGCGGUGGCACACAGAGGUUGAAGUAGGAGACGUUACAAAAUUACAAUCUUGCUUUAUUGGCAUUGUGGCCUUCAAUUAAGGCUCUUGACCUUGAGUUCCUCAAUUUUUCCAUCAAUGGCUACUCUGUCUUGUUCACCAAAUGGAAAGUGAAUAAAGAAAUGAACUAACUUCAUAAAAUAGUAGAACUGAGCUAAACGUAUCAAGUCAAACUUAGAGACUCUUUGAGGAGCUCAACCAUAGAAGUAUAUUAGUGUGUACAAACAUUACCUUCAGAAAAGUUUUUGAACCACUUGAAGAUCCAUAUUUAGUGUUACGUUCUUCUUUUUUUAGCAUUUGAAGCCAAAAGAGCUCCAAACGCCUUAUACAAUCAGUUUAAAACCAGCUCAAUUUAAUGUCUUCAAGUCAGGAUUCUUCUGACUCUUUCUUCAGUGAAACCUGUCAAUCGGAGACCGAGAAACUGAACUCAGUGUCUGCAUGCAAAGUAACUCCAAAACUAAAUCUGGUUUUGUCUUUAUUGGCUUAUAAGCACUGUGGCCAUUUGUUGAUGAACACUCCUAAACCUCCUUUUAAAGUUACAGCAGAUACAAUGAUGGAUGUAAAGAUCUACAGAAAACAGUUCAGCUUUGUCUCUCAGGUCUCCGUGUCUCACUCCCCCAGGAAGGGAACAGGAAAGCAAUACUAACGCAAUGCAAGCCAUGCAACUCAAGACACAAAGGAGGCUUUUGCCUGUUUGUACGGCAAAUGCUUUCAAACCCACAGCGCACUACACUUCUGCUGGACUUGAGGACAGAGCGUUGAGAGGAAACCCAGCCCUGUUGAUUGACUUCAGUGAGACCGAGCCAGCAGUAUGUCAGAUAAGAGAUGUCCCUGCAGAGAUGCACCUUUUCCUUUCCUGCUUUCUCAUGAUAUACACUACAGGGCCCUGACCCAGAAUGCAUCAUGGUGACAUUUCGUUUCGCUCAUUAUAUUAUACUCAUUAUUCUGCUCAUGCUUUUCAUCUCUAACACUGUCUUAAUGUCAAACUAAUACAGGCAAGAAUGAAACCACUAAAAGGAAUUUUACUCCAGCUUGGAAGUAACCAAUCAUCACAUGACAAAUUGCUCUCCCUGUCAUCUACUAACUCUCUGGCCAUCUUUGCGGUGUAUACUGGAAUUAAGCCAUACGGUGAAGACGACUAGCUAUCAAACCAGCUCUUGUAGGGAGGUUUUUUUUUCUUUCUUAAAGGGAGAGUGUUACAGUGACUUCCCUGAAAGGUCAAUGGGCUCAAUGGAAUAUCACGAAUUGUUAUUCCAAGUGGACAAAAAAAAAAUCUCCCUUUGCAUGAUUUCACUGGACGAUUCAAACGAUUCCAUGUCUGUGUCAAACAGGUCAGAGUCUGCUGUUGACAUUGUUGUGUUGUUUCUUUUCUUUUUCUUUUUCUUUGUCAUAAAGAAGGUUAGGGUCUAUCUGUUAAGAACCCCCCCCCCCCCCCCCCCCCACACACACACACACACACAAAAUCUAAAGGACAAACAUUCAGAAAAUAUGUUUUGCAAAAAGAAAGUGAAGCCUAUUUUUUAGGUACAUCAAGAUUUAAAUUGACCAUCAAGAAAACAAAUUUACAUCCAUUAAAUAUAUAUUAUUAAAACAAAUUAUUUAAGUAUAUUAUUUAUAUUAAAUUGAAAUUACAGUUUUAAGCAUACAUCAUGGUAGUAUUUGUUGUACUACAUUAAAUACAUUUUUAUUAAGUCAUUGUAUCCAGAUAAUAUUUUGGGAUAUAGUGCUUGUAUUUAGUGAGGCUUUAUUUUGUUAAUGCAAAAUAUAUUUUUUUAUUUGGUUUUCUUUUGAUUUUGGUGUGAAUUAUGACCUGGACAUUUCUUCAUGUGAUUUGCCCUUGGUUUCAGGUCUCUAAAAAGCUGUAAACGGCUGUAGUUAUUCCAGAAUAUAUAUGCAAACCCCUCUUCCCUUGUAUGCAGUAUAUGCAAAAUGAUACAGUUAACCUACCAUUAUCUGUCUGCCCCCCUCUCCCAGCUCUUCGUAAAUCAAGGCAUGAAAGUAUCUUCUGAUGUAUAGAGACAUUUGUAGUUGUGAAAAAUGGCUUUAAGCUCAUGUAACUUCCUUUUGUAUGCAUUUACUGUUAAUGUUAAGUUAUAAAUGUAUUGUCCUAAUGCACAAGGGCUUAGGUUGUGUCCCAUAGCAAAGUUUGGUAUUUAACUUAACUGACAUUAACAUGCUAUUCCCUUUGAAAGAUGUUCAAGUUGGUGUUGUGGAUGAGGAAUGUGUUUGGCAUAAUGCUGUAAAUGCAAAAAUAUUCAGAUUAAUGAAGAGUUUUUAUGGACUGUGCUAUGUAUGGUGAAAUGGCUCACCUGAAUUUCAUGAUGUCACAGAAUCUUGCUCUCUCUCUCUCUCUCUCUCUCUAAGAUAGGGAUGCAACAACCUUUAAAGUGUCUAAUCUCUUUUCAUUUGCCUGAUGAAGAAGUGUCUUUUGAAUUUGGUUGCACUACAUGAACUGCAGGUUGUUAUAUACACAGUAUAUUACAAAAGCAAUGGCAUUGUAAAGUUAUCCAUGUGUACAGUAAAAUUUCCUCUGUAAAAUGUAGACUUAUUUGUCGAUCAACCAUGUAAACAUUUGGAUAUCCAAAUCUUAAAACUUUACUAAACAACAAAAAAUGUCUUCUGUCAUUUUGUAUUAGAUUAU